GUUUCCUGCCUCUCGAGGAGGGAAGCGCCUCGCGCCCGCCGUCGUGGGUGGAGCCAGCGAGCGGGCCGGGCCCCGGGCGCUUCCCCGCGGCAUGGAGGCGGCGGCAGCCGGCGUGGCGCCCAUCCGAGCCCCGUAUCUCACCUCGAAAGAACAGUUCCAUGCAUAUCUCAAAGCAGAAAGGGAAUCCAGGAAUCAGGAAAACAAUCAACAUGAUGGGGAGGAAGAUUCUAGUAGCAAUGACCAGACAGAGCCUCCAGCAAAACGGAUGAAGCUAGAUGGUGGUGAUCAAGUUAGGAAGCAAGGAAGCCAAGAGGAAGUUGUAAAAGAGGAGGAAAAGAAACCCCAGGAACGGAAGAGAGCCAGAGGACAGAAUAAAAGUCGGCCAUGUAUGAAGCCAAAUCACUAUGAAAAAGAUAGGUUGUGCCAGUCAGUAAUCCAGGAAUGUGCAGAGAAGUGCUACUUUGGCUCACAGUGCCGCUUCCUGCAUGAUGUUGGGGAGUACAUGGCUGUGAAGCCCUCAGACCUCGGGGAUAGCUGCGUGCUCUUCAAGACCUUCGGAAAGUGCAUUUAUGGAGUCACAUGCCGCUUUGCUAGGGCGCAUCUGGGGGAGGACUACAGGAACAUCAUUAAUGAGGACCUUGUAAAGCAGUGGGAGGGGAAACCACUGGUGAGAAACAGCCUCAGCAAAGAACUCCAGCAGCGACUGCGCAAAAAGAAAGUUUGCUUUGACAAAUCCAGUAAGUACCUUAGUCACUUGGGCAAGCCCAGCAGCGCAGGCAAUGUGGGAAACAAGGCAGCAGGCAACUCAACGGAGAAAAGGAUGACAAACAGCACAGUAUCCAAAGGGAAUGUAGAGGGCAUUGAUGUCAAACCUCCUGGAGAGGGGGCACCAGAAUGUGUCUCAGUGUCAGAGAAGAGAGGAGCUCCUGAAUCAGUGGUCCUGCAGAAUUCCUGCCUGGUGGAUGCAUCAAAGGAUUCCACUCCCAAAACAACAGGCCUGGUGACAGAUGAAGAUAUUAUAAAACUGCGGCCCUGUGAGAAAAAAAGAUUGGAUAUCCAAGGCAAACUCUACCUGGCUCCCUUAACAACGUGUGGUAACCUCCCGUUCCGGAGAAUAUGCAAGCGUUUUGGAGCGGAUGUCACCUGUGGCGAAAUGGCUGUGUGCACAAACUUGCUCCAAGGCCAGUCAUCUGAAUGGGCUCUCUUGAAGCGGCACUACACAGAAGAUCUCUUUGGAGUGCAGCUGGAGGGAGCAUUUCCAGACACUAUGACCAGGUGUGCAGAGCUUCUGAACCAGACCAUUGAGAUGGAUUUUGUAGACAUCAACGUUGGGUGCCCAAUAGAUCUGGUGUAUAAGAAGGGGGGUGGAUGUGCCUUAAUGAACCGUUCCAACAAGUUUGAACAGAUAGUUAGAGGAAUGAAUUCGGUACUCGAUGUUCCUCUGACAGUGAAGAUAAGGACUGGUGUGCAAGAAAAAGUCAACCUAGCUCAUAAAGUAAUCCCCAACAUCCGGAAGUGGGGAGCUUCCAUGGUCACGCUUCAUGGCCGAUCUAGAGAACAGCGUUACACAAAGGUUGCAGACUGGGAGUACAUAGGGGAGUGUGCUAAAUUAGCCAGCCCAAUGCCUCUAUUUGGAAAUGGAGAUAUCUUGUCCUAUGAAGAUGCUAAUCGAGCCAUGCAGACUGGCGUUUCAGGAAUUAUGAUUGCAAGAGGAGCAUUGAUCAAACCUUGGAUUUUCACUGAAAUUAAAGAACAGCGACACUGGGACAUCUCUUCCACUGAAAGAUUAGAUAUUCUCAAAGACUUCACCAAUUAUGGCCUCGAACACUGGGGUUCCGAUACUCAGGGGGUGGAGAAAACCAGGAAGUUCAUGCUGGAAUGGCUGUCCUUUUUGUGCAGGUAUAUUCCAGCUGGCUUAUUGGAGUACCUACCUCAGAAAAUCAAUGAGCGGCCUCCUUACUACAUGGGGAGAGACUAUCUGGAGACCUUAAUGGCAAGCCAAAAUGUGGACGACUGGAUUAAAAUAAGUGAGAUGCUUUUGGGGCCUGUACCUGCAAACUUUACCUUCCUGCCUAAACACAAAGCAAAUUCUUACAGAUAAGACUGAUUGGAAGAGUCCUUAAACAGGCACAGUGAGAUGGCAAUAGCAACAUGGAUUAUCUGCCUUGGGCUACUGGGAAUUAAAUAAAAUUUAUGGUUUUUUACUAUCUA